AUGGCUUACGACCAUACCGGCCAGUUGUCAGCUGCCGGUCUUGCGCGCUCUGGUGCUUUCAAGAGUGAUUCCCUGUCUCCGGACCCCUCCAACAAUGAUGCGACGCAGGCGCACAAUGACAAUCGUCCUCAUCGCCGUGGCUAUCAGGCUUGCCAGAGAUGUCGUGAGCGCAAAGUAAAGUGUGAUCUUGGAAGUGUCGAUGCGCCCAAAGAACCUCCCUGCAGACGUUGUCAGCGUGAGCGGUUGCAUUGCGAAUUUGCACCUACCAGAAAGAAGCAGAAGAGAUCGGAUGGAACGGCGAGGGAUGUGUCGCGGGACCCGACUACAGAUGACAAUGAAGUCUCGGUUGUGGAUAAUGGAUUGCCAUCAUACAAUUUCACCCAAAGCCGACAACAACCCUUGACAGCCUCACCUACGACUUCAAUGAACGGCUUCUCUCAAUCUGCAUGGCCUCCGAGUGGUUCGAAGCAGUCUGCGACCUCUCAACCCCACGAUGGUCUGGGCAGAUCUCAGCGUCUUCCAGUGUAUCCCGCCUCGAACUCCGCCAGAAACCCUCCCGAUAUGUUGCACAGUCAGGUAGCAGCAGCGACGUUGGGCUCAAAACAGAUUCAAAACACGCAUGACAACAUUCUCCUCCUGGUUGAUGCCGCCAAUGCCUUCUCUGACAAUGUAACUCCAAACACCAAAGACAGUCCCCUCUCUAAUCAUGCCGGCCGGAAGAGGACACUCUCCAAUCUCGAUCAUGGCGGCCCACCAGCGCCUACCGACAAUGGAUUCACACCUCAAGAACAAGCUGAGCAGCAAGCCGGUCUCAAAGCGUGGUCGGAAAUGAGAUUUGUGCGUAAUGGCUGGUUUACUGCAUGGGAGGCCAUGCAAUAUGUGGAGUACUUCUUUGACAAAUUGGCGCCAAUGACCCCCAUUGUCUUCGAUGAGUUUCGAUCACCUCUCAAUCAUCACGCUCUACUCGUGGAUGAACCCAUCUUAGCUCUGGCAAUUCUCGCCAUUGCAUCACGUCAUAUGCGCUUGACCGGUCAUGCUGCGCUUUCACGAGCAUACCAUAUCCACGGCAAGCUAUGGACCAACCUCCGUCGUCAAAUCGAGCGACUUCUUUGGGGACAAGAACAGUUUGGUGGAGGAUUUGCUGGAGGCGGCAAUAACCACAAAAUCCGUGAGUUAAACACUGGUCAGAUCACUUGGAAGGGCAGCCUACGCACACUGGGCACCAUCGAAGCCCUCCUGCUGCUCACCGACUGGCAGCCACGCGCUCUCCACUUCCCACCCAACGACGAUGAAGAGGGUCUGCUGGAUCGUAGCCUCAUGAUCCCUGAGGCAGACAGCAAGUAUCCAGCGCAAGAUGGCGAGCAGAAAGCGGGUCGAGACUACGACAAUUUGCCCUAUGCAAAUUGGCUGGAGCCGGCAUGGCGCUCUGACAGAAUGUCCUGGAUGUUGCUUGGUCUGGCUCAGAGCUUGGCUUUCGAGCUUGGUGUGUUCGAUAAUCAUCACACGGACUGUUAUCAUCAGCAUGGACCCAACUCUGAAUGCGCACGCAAGAGACGGAUCCGACGCCUCAUACUCGUCUACGUGGCUCAAACCAGUGGGCGAAUGGGUGUUCAGUCAUCGCUGAAUGUGGAGCUGUGGGAGAAAGACCCAACUUGGGACAAGACCAGCAACAUGUCGAGGGAAUCUCCUGUCGACAUCAUGCAAGGAUCAUGGAUUCACAUUGCAAGAAUCAUGAAUUCAGCCAAUCGUGAAGUGUUCUCAUCCCACCAGUUCACCAAAGAGCUCAUCUCGAGUGGCAAGUAUAAAGACUCGAUCGCAACAUUCACGCCUUUGCUUCAGAACUGGAGGGCUGAAUUUGAGAGAAUCAAGUCUGCGAUGAACCCGGUCAUGCAAAGUAUCCUGCUCAUGGAGUACGAGUACGCUCGGUUGUAUAUCAACUCACUCGGCCUUCAGAAUGUGGUGGAAUCAUGGGUUCAGGGCGGCUCAAACAUUCGAAAGGCCACACUCCUCAAGAUCGCCGAAGACAACAAGCCGUAUAUUGAUGAAGUUACUGAUGCAGCUCUCAAUAUCCUUGGCGAGAUCGUCGAUGGUAUUGCCGCCAGAGGUUACUUGAGAGAUGCGCCAGUUCGAAUCUUCCUGCGAAGCCUAUCUGGCAUGAUGUUCACACUGAAGCGCUUCAGCUUGGGCACCCAUGAAGCAUUGGUCCGAAGAUGCUUGCAACAGCUCGAAAAGAUCACUGUUGCCAUGUCCGAAGAAGUGGUCGACGAUGUUCACCUGUCUUCAUCGACAUCACGCCUGGUCCAGAACAUCGUACGCAAUGUGAAACAGACAUUGAUCCGUGUCCAACAAGUCGGCGCUGGCUCCGGAGGCCCCAGCCGCGAGCACUCUCGUCCGUCAUCACCCACUGGCAAUGAGGCUUCCAACGAACCACUCCAUCAAUUGAACCAAACAACCAACAUAGGUCACAUGAGCAACGACUUUUAUGUGAAUGAUCCUCUUGCAGGAAUUCAAGCCAGACCAAUGGCAGAACUCUCGUCACAAAUGUUCGUACCACCUCCCAAUUUUAGUACCGACAGCCAAGGCAUGGAUCCAGGUUUGCCGGAUGAUGCUCAACUCGAUAUGGCCUUUUCUUCAAUGGAUUGGUUUGCGUUGCCACUGGAUAAUCUUUUCAGUACGGAUGAGACCACGGUCGAUCAGGGCUUCGGGGGAAUCGGUCCUACUGUGGGAACUCGAGACAUGCUCGAGGUCAUCACGAACCGAGACUACAAUCAGAUGCAGUGGAACGGCAACCAGAUGUACGGUUUCGGGAAUCUAUGA